CUCUAUCUUCGUCAAUUUUUCACACCAACAGUUACUCUUUGGUACAUAAAAUAGAUUGCACUUUGCUCUGCUUUUUCUUGAGAAAUUCAUUUUCAGCUUUCUGCUUCUGUUCUAUUCCUUUACACUAUUCAAGUACAAAAACAAGUAUUCGUUAUUACUAGAGUAGAUGAAAUUUGAUAGAGGUUUCAUGGGGUUAUAUGAGGCAGGAUCUGCAAUUAAAAUAGAGGAUGAAGCUCAUUCAUUUUUACCUGAUCCAAAUCUGAUCAAUAAUCUCAGAGUUAGUGAUAAUUUAGUCAACAAUAAUCAUGUUGAUAUUAGUCCAUUUCAAUCAAAUACUUUAGUCCCAUCAACUGCAGAUGAAGAUUAUGAUUUUAGUGAUGUGGUGCUUAAGUAUAUAAAUCAGAUGCUAAUGGAAGAGGAUAUUGAAGAAAUGUCUUCUAUGUUUCAAGAAUCUGCAGCUCUUCGAGCUGCAGAAAGAUCGUAUUAUGAAGUUAUCGGAGAGGAGUACCCUCCUCCCCCGAAUCUGGAUAAACCGUCCAAUUUAGGUCAGAAUGGAUAUAAUAGUAUGGACCGUAGUGGUUUUCACAAUAGUGGAAACGAUGGUCGUGAUGGCGUACUAUGCCCGAAUUGGAAUCUUGAUCUCAGUGGGGAUGACGUGUCAAACGUGUCACGUUUUCUUUCGCCCCACAGUUCGUCAAGCACUGUCACGGAUGUGCGUGUGGAUUCUCCUCUGAGCACACUUAGGAUUCCCGAUAUAUUUAGUGACAGCGAGUCUAUUAUGCAGUUUAAGAAAGGGGUGGAGGAGGCAAGUAAGUUCAUUCCUCGGGGUAAUAGUUUGUUUGCUGAUGUGAGGUAUAAUUUCGUGGGAGGCGAGCAAAAUGAAGAGAGAAUUGAUGCAUUAGUAAAGGUUGAGAAAUAUGGAGAAAAGCAAUCUCCUGAAAGGUCAAGAGGGAAGAAAAACACUCUUCAAGAAGAUGUAGUAGAUUCAAUGGAAGAAAGAAAUAACAAGCAGUAUGCAGUGUUUUCUGAAUCAACUGUUCGAUCAGAAAUGUUCGAUAGGGUGCUGCUAUGCAAUGCAGGAAAAAAUGAAUCUGCUCUUCGCGAGUCCUGGCAGACUAUAUCAAGGCGAAAUGUGUUACAGAAUGGCGUUUCAAAGGGAUCUAAUGGUAAGAAGUCGCAAGGAAAGAAACAAGGGAGUAAACGAGAUGUAGUGGAAUUGAGUAAGAAUUCACAAGCAAAGAAACAAGGGGGUAAAAGACAUGUAGUAGACUUGAGAACGCUCUUGACACUUUGUGCACAAGCUGUUGCUGCGGAAAAUCGAAGGACAGCAAAUGAGCUUCUGAAGCAGAUCAGGCAAAGUUGUUCUCCGAUGGGGGACGGGAUGCAGAGGUUAGCCUAUUAUUUUGCUGAUGGUCUUGAGGCACGGAUGGCGGGUUCUGGUACUCAUAUCUAUAGAGCCCUUAUUACACUGCCUGUAUCAGCGGCUGAUGUCUUGAAAGGUUACCAGCUACUGCUUGCUGCCUGCCCGUUCAGGAAGAUCUCUAUCUUUUUCUCAAAUAAGUCAAUUAUGAAUCUAGCUGAAAAUGCUUCAACAGUACAUAUUAUAGAUAUUGGUAUUAUGUGGGGUUUCCAAUGGCCUGCCCUCAUACAACGUCUCUCUUCUAGACCGGGUGGACCUCCCAAGCUUCGUAUAACUGGGAUUGAUUUUCCACAUCCCGGUUUUCGACCAGCAGUGAGGGUUGAGGAAACAGGGAGACGGUUAGCUAAUUAUGCUGAGAGUUUCAAUGUUCCUUUUGAGUUCAAUGCUAUAGCGCAGAAGUGGGAAACGAUUAAAGUCAAGGAUCUUAAGAUAAAUAAGGGCGAGGUUCUUGUGGUGAACUGUCUGUACCGUUUUAGGAAUCUACUUGAUGAGACUGUGGAUGCAAACAGUCCAAGAGAUGUUGUUCUGAAUCUUAUCAGAAAGUUGAAUCCAGAUGUUUUCAUACUGGGAAUUGUAAAUGGUGCUUAUAAUGCCCCAUUCUUUAUCACACGAUUCCGCGAGGCUCUUUUCCAUUACUCAUCCUUGUUUGAUAUGCUUGAAGCUAAUAUUCCCCGGGAAGUGCACGAGAGAAUGCUGAUUGAAAAGAAUAUACUUGGUCGGGAGGCAAUGAAUGUCAUCGCAUGUGAAGCAGCUGAGAGAAUUGAACGGCCAGAAACAUACAAGCAGUGGCAAGUCCGAAUUAUGAAAGCUGGUUUUCAACAGCUACCUUUGGAUGAGGAGAUCAUGAGAAUGGCAACGGAACGAUUCAAGGAAUAUGACAAUAAUUUCGUGAUCGAUGUAGAUAGUGAAUGGCUACUGCAGGGAUGGAAGGGUCGUAUCGGAUAUGCACUUUCAACAUGGAAAGCAACUUGUUAAAUGAGCUGAUGAAUGGUAUUCACUUUUCCAAGUGCUAGUUUUAUCACCUUUCUAGUGUUAAUUUAACAAGUACAACUGUGAAGGCUAUGUUCAUAACACUGCUUUGCUUAUGGGGGCGCGGAAGCAGACGUUUAUUGCUGCCUUCCUUCCUUAAUGUGUCUCUACUCUCUAGCCGAGGGUCUAUCAGAAACAGCCUCUCUGCCCUCCCAGGAUAGGGAGCUGUGGUAAUCGCAACAGGAGAGAGAUAUGACAACAAUUUGGGAGCAGCAUCUGUGUCUGGUACUACUCAUUUUGCCAGGACAUAAUAUUAACAGUAUUGAGCAAAUAGGCAAUAAUAGUAGGUAGCAGUGUAUUGGCUUCUUUUCAUUUGUAUUUUACAUCAAUCAUGUUAGUUAUAUGUAGCAUAUACAAUGAUUUGUGAGGGUGUUAUAGGUAUCUUCUCUACUAAUAAAGCCCAGUUCCAACAUGAUCUUUGUCCA